AUGGAGCUUCAGUCAUCGGCUCCAAUGCUGGAAUCUGUUGAGAAGAAAGAUAUCUCCUUGAAAAUUCGAACCAAACUUCACCGAUCCGAAAAGAAUGCUUCUUCUUCUUUGAGUUGCAAUGAUUGCACUGAGUGUGAGAUGUCUUUUUCCUCCACAAAAGCCUUGUUUGGACACUUAAGAAUUCAUCGGAAAAGUAACAGGGGAGUCGGAAAGCACUCUCUUUUACGUUUGGGGCAAGCAAAGAAAGGCGAAGAUGUCUUAGCAGCCUGCAAUCUCCUGGAGAUGAGACAGUUGAAGUCUGAAACUGCCAUCAACGACGCAAAACUGGGCCAACUUAGAUGGGUUUGUGCCAAGAUAGAGAGGGAGAGGAGGAAGAAGAUGAAGGAAACGGUGUCAAAGCACUCCGAUAACAAUUUGGACAUAACUUGUCGGAUGGUCUCACUCACACCAUCGAUGCUGGCCUUACAUGAGCACAGCGUCGACCAACGCAUGACGAGUAAUAGCAAUGAAGGAGUGAAAAUCAUGGCAGAAGUUGGGGCUAUGGAGGUUGAGAUGCAUCAGUGUGAUAAGUGUGAUAAAAGCUUCAGCUCUGGGCAGGCAUUGGGUGGGCACAAACGUGCGCAUUAUACUGGCCCUCCGCUGUGCCGCCCGGGGAGAGAUGGGAGCUUGUCGGCUGUAGCGGUGGCUGAGAGAGUGCUGGUUCACCACAUCGAUCUUAAUUAG